GCGUUCCAUAGCUAGUGGAGUAGCCUUCCAUUGAGCGUGGCAAUUGAGACUUGAAACGCUGUUCCAUUUUACCUUAUCUGUCAAAAAGUGCUAACCCAAGGUUGGUCAAGACCGUUGAGACCAAAUCGGGACAUUAAAUCCCACGAGAUUCAGACGACGAACAAUGGCGCACUGGUUUCACCGUAAUGUGUUGAAAGCAACAUCGAAUCAGAAGUUUGAGUUAAAAGUCUCCAAUCCUACGGACGCCACCAGAAAGCUCUGCAGUGACUUAAAGCUAUCAAGAGCCAGACUGCUGGAUCUAAUCAGAAAUGCAAACAAUACCAGUGAUACUAUAGAGCCUGCAUUUCUCAGUUAUCUCAGUUUGUUGUAUGGAUUUUUAUGGGAAGUCAAUCCAUCUGAGGAAGAGGCUCAACAUGUUGGCAGACCCAACCCUAGCAAGCUCAGAAAUGUUCUCAUGUUCAAGUGGACACACACGUUACUUGGUGGCGGCACAUUCUCCAGCGCCGAUUCUGUUUAUGAAGCAGCUAAUAUGAGUGUCAAUAUAGGCCUAUGGUUUAUGAAACAUGCAGCAAUGAUUGCUGCAAAAGAUGACAUAACAAUGAACGAGGCUAAAGAAGUGCACAGUAUGCUAAGACGAGCUGCUGGAAUAUUUACCUUUGUACAGACUGAAUUUUUGCCACAGUUGGAUAGUCCACCACCUUUGGGAAGUGAUUUAGAUCCUCGUGUGCUAAAUGCAUACGUUAAUCAAUGCACAGCAGAAGCACAAGAAGUGACAGUGGCUAGAGCGGUAGAGCUCAAACAUAAUUCUAGCUUGAUAUCAGCUUUAGCCAAUGAGACCAGUAAGUUGUUUCUGGAUGCUGCCAAUACUCUUCGUCCAUUUAAGCCAGAAAUAAUUGCCCAAUGGACGAAAUAUUUGGAGCUUAAAUCAGCGUUUUAUCAAUCUUACGCUUAUAAUUAUUGCGGUGAAAACUUGUUGGCAAUGGAUAAGUGUGGCGAAGCGAUACGAGCGAUGCAAGAAAGCGAUUCAUGUUUAAAGAAGGCGAAAGCGCUCUGUCAAGAAUACGGGAAAACGAACGGGCCUGCGCCUCGCGUUAAACCAGAUCAACACACUGUGUUUAGACGAUUGGCACCUAUAGUGAAGCUUACUCUCGAUAAAUGUAAUCGAGAAAAUGGAUUGAUAUAUCAUCAUACAGUACCGGGCGAAGUUCCAGCCUUGGACACCAAAGCUACUUAUGGCUUAGUCAGCCCGAUCGACUUUCAAAUGCCAUCACUAAAUCCUAUCUGGAAUUUGGGUACAUAUAAAGUAUUAGCCGGAAUAGCGGCGGCGAAAGCAGAAAAGGAGCAGAACUUGCCACCAGUUAAAGAAGAGGCGAUUCAUCAAAGUAGCAAGGAGCCGAAAAACGCAAGCGGUUGCACGUUACAAUAAGGCUCUUGUAACAUGUAAUGAUAUAGGCCGUUUGUAAAUGCUUUUUUUUUUUUUUUGUGUCACGGUGAUAUUAAUUUUAAUUGCGACAGACAUGUGUAGACGACGAUCGUAUUAGACAUAUGUGUGCACGUCGCAUGCACACAAGUACAAAUCCUGUUGUGUAUAGAAACGUGAAAUAUUAAUUUGUUAGAUAAAAAGAAGAAUACAGA